AUGCUCGAUUCCUUAGACCCUCAACAGUCUUCAAACAGCAGUGUCAUGUCAUUCAUCACCGCUGGCAACCCCCUGGAGUCAUCCCCCUUCGCUUCAUCACUUCUGCUCUCUCUCGUAUAUUACAAUGCGCUUUUUCUUCUGUUUGCUGUGCUCGAACUCCUCGUGCUUCGGCUGAUUCGCAUCAUCUUCCCAGGGAUCAACUCGGAUCUGUACCACAUCAUCGAAUUUUCAAUUUCCAGCGUCAUCCAAGUACCGACUUUCCUGGGUAUUGCUUCAAUCUAUUAUAUCAUUUUCAUUCUCGCGCCCACGAGUAUUCUUCUGUUGAUCAUCCACGCUCGCAUGCCAGCGGAUCAUUAA